AUGCUCAAAGUGCUGGUGCUGAAGAUUGAAGAUCCCGGUUGCUUCUGGGUUAUCAUAAAAGGAUACAGUACCUUUGUAGAUCAUGAAGUGGACUAUCAAAAGCUGAACAGUGCCAUGAAUGACUUCUAUAAUAGCAUGUGUCAAGAUAUAGAAAUAAAGCCUUUAAUGUUGGAAGAAGGGCAGGUCUGUGUGGUUUAUUGUCAGGAGCUAAAGAGCUGGUGCAGGGCUAUUAUUAAGUCAAUUGUGUCUUCAGCAGACCAUUACCUGGCAGACUGUUUCCUCGUGGAUUUUGCCAAGUACAUCCCAGUGAAAUCUAAAAACAUCCGAGUUGCAGUGGAAGCUUUCAUGCAGCUUCCCUACAGGGCAAAGAAGUUCAGACUGUACUGCACCAGGCCUGUCACCUUACAGAUUGACGUCUGCGAGGACAGCGCGGACAUUGUACCUGCCAAGAAGUGGGACAGUGCAGCGAUUCAGUACUUCCAGAACAUUCUCAAAGCAACUACCCAGGUGGAGGCCAAGUUAUGUGCUGUGGAAGAAGAUACUUUUGAGGUUUAUCUUUAUGUAACUGUAAAAAAUGAAAAAGUUUGUGUUAAUGAUGAUCUGGUUGCAAAGAACUUCGCUUGUUAUGUAUCACCUAUGGAGAAUAAACACCAUGAUCCUUUAGAGAAACCAAGAUUGAGUGUAAAGCCAACAUCCUUUUCUAAUAAGCUCAAUCCAGCACUUACUCUUUGGCCAAUGUUUUUGCAAGGAAAAGAUUGUCAGGGAAUGGAAAAUAAAAAUAUAAAAUGCAAUGUGGAUUCAUUGAGAGAUUCACCUAAAAAGAAAUCUGAAAAGAAACAGCAGUGCAUCUCUUUAAAAAAUAUAAAUAAGUGUGUUGAAUCUUCAGUGUACUGGCCAACAAAAAGAGGCAUAACCAUAUAUGCUGAUCCAGAUAUACCAGCGGCAAGUGCAUUAUGUCGGAAGCCAAAUGAGACAUCUUUUAGAUUGACUGAGAAGAAAGAAUAUGAUGAAAAGAACGGCUGUGUGAAGUUAUUGCAAUUUUUGAAUCCUGAUCCAUUGAGAGUUGGUGACAUCUCUGAUUUGCAGCAGUUGCAGACGGUGAAGGCAGGCGCGUGGCAGCCCUUCACGGUGCUCCGGAACAAGGUGGAGCCCUGCCUGUCCAUUGACCUGUCGCCACUCUCAGCAGACCUGAAGAAGGCUCUUCAGAGGGGCCAGUUUCCGGGGCCUAGCCACACUGAGUCGUACUCUUGGCCCCCCAUUGCCCGCGGCUGUGACGUGGUGGUCAUCUCUCACUGUGGAAACGACCCUUUGCUGUACCUUCUGCCGCUGCUGACAAUCUUACAGACUGAAGGCUGCUACAAGUCACUACCAAGUAGAAACGGACCUCUGGCCGUCAUCGUGUGCCCUGGGUGGAAAAAGGCCCAGUUUAUUUUUGAAUUAUUGGGAGACUAUAGCAUGGCCUCCAGGCCUCUUCACCCUGUGUUGCUGACAAUCGGACUCCAUAAAGAUGAAGCCAAAAAUAUGAAGCUUCCAAGGGGUUGUGAUGUGAUUGUUACAACACCACAUAGCCUCAUGAGACUUCUCAAAUAUCAAAGCUUGUUAUUUCUUAGACUCUGUCACCUAGUUUUGGAUGAGGUGGAAGUAUUAUUUCUUGAUGCUAAUGAACAAAUGUUUGCUAUAUUAGAUAACUUUAAAAAAAAUACUGAGGUUGAAGAAAGGGAAUCUGCACCACAUCAGAUUGUUGCAGUUGGAGCUCACUGGAACAGACACAUAGAGCAUUUAAUGAAAGAGUUCAUGAAUGACCCCUGUGUUGUGAUCACGGCCAUGGAAGAGGCUGCUCUCUACGGCAAUGUCCAGCAGAUAGUGCAUCUUUGCUUAGAAUGUGAAAAAACCUCUACUUUACUGCAAACACUUGAUUUCAUCCCAAGUCAGGCACAGAAGACUUUAAUCUUCACCUGUUCUGUAGCUGAAACAGAAAUGGUGUGUAAGGGUUCUCCAGCAGAACAGGGAGACAAGAAGGCCAAGUCAGUGUUGUUGCUGACAGAGAGGAGCGCGUGCCACGCGGUGGGCAUCCUGCGCUACUUGGAGCGAGCGGACGCCAAGAUUCCUGCAGAGCUGUACGAAUUCACUGCGGGGGUUCUGGAAGCCAGAGAAGAUAAAAAAGCCAAAAGGCCUCUUUGUCCGUAUCUUAAGGCUUUUGGUUUUUGCAGAGAUAAAAGAGUCUGUCCUGAUCGACACCAUAUUAAUCCAGAAAUAGACAUGCCAAGGAAGUUUUCAAGCCAAGCUCUACCAACAUCUGGAUAUAUUAGAGUAAUACCCUUUUAUAUUUCCAAUGCAACAAACUUUUUUGGUCGUAUAAUUGAUAAAAAUGGGGACCUUUAUGCAACUCUUCAUGCUGAAAUGAAAGAAUAUUUUGAGGAUUCCAAUAAUAAAACAACUGUUGAAAAGGUGGAGAAAUUUGAAUUAUAUGGAUUAGCAGAAAAAACACAUUUUCAUAGGGUUCAGGUGUUGGAGAUGAGCGAGAAAGAAGACAUGUGGGCCCUGGAGAAUGUCCUUGUAAACCUUAUAGAUGAAGGCAGGACCAAGCUUGUCACAAGGGGUCAACUGUUAGGCCUCCCAGAGCGUUUCCACACGCUGCCCCCGCAAGCUGUGGAGUUUAUUGUGUGUAGAGUAAAACCUGCUGACAAUGAAAUCGAAUGGAAUCCCAAGGUUACUAGGUAUGUUCAUCAUAAGAUCAUUGGCAAGCUGCAUGAUGCAAAAGUGAUACUGGCCUUGGGAAAUACAGUUUGGCUUGAUCCAAUGGUACACAUUACAAAACUUACGAACUUGAAAACUUCUAUCAUUGAUUAUAAUGUUCGAGCUGAAAUUUUGUCAAUGGGAAUGGGCAUUGAUAAUUCAGAACAUAUAGAGCAACUGAAAAAGUUAUACAAAGGAGCUAAAAUGCCAACUUCUGAAGAAAGCCUAAGCCAUACCCUGACCCGUGAUCCAGCAGAAGACACCCCGCGUCAGCGUCAGCGGGGCAGCGGGCAGGACGGCGGCGGCUCGCAAGGAGCCGCUGGCCCUGAGGCGGCGCCAGGACCCAGACACGAAACUUUACCAGAAAACACUGGAGAUGCUUCCACUAAGACCACUACCACUACAGAGCCCGUUCAGAGCUUCCACCCACAAAUAAAAUGGUUCCAAAAAGAUGAUAUGGUCAUAUUAAAAAUAAGAAUAAGGAAUGUAAAAGAUUAUAAAUGUAAAUAUUCUAGAGACAGAGUUGUUUUCAGUGCCUGGGUGGGAGACAGAUUUUAUUUGGCUGAUAUGGAGCUGCAGGCCAACAUAGUAAAAGAUGACUGCAGAUGCGUAAUUAAAAACGACGAGCCCGUGAUCACCCUUGCCAAGGAGAAAAGGGGACCGUGGUGCAGCUUACUCAGACAGAGGAACCCUAAUGUGGCUUUUGACUUUGAGCACUGGGAAGAAUGUGAAGAGGACAGCAACCACUUCUCCAGAGUUAUAAGUCCAAAGCCCCUGUCCUGCAAAGUGGCGGAGGAGGUUGACAACAGUGACAAAACUUCAGAGGAGGAUGAAAGUGAGAGUGACUGAGCCUGGGAAUCGCAUCCUAACGCGUGACUCUAAGUCUUUGAACAGGAGUGACAACUGGCUGACAGGAAGAAAACAGGCAGUCACGGUGAAGGAUUCACUUCCAUGGGAUCAAUAGUACUGAGUUAGCUGAGGCUCUGGGAUUGGUGAUGGCCAGGAACUCUUAAUGGAUGUAAAACGGCUUCAGAGGAGGGAGAGGGAUGCAGGAGCAGAGGGAGGCGCUGGCUCUGUCUUCUCGUGGCCGCCCAGCCCGCGCUGCGAGCAGCCACGCUUGGUGCUGCGCGGUGCCGGCUGGCUUGGUCUCCUCGUUCUUUUCUCUCAGACCUGCGUCUGGCGCACGGCUGGGAAGCCGGUCUCGUGCGCGCAGGUGGAGGUCUCCGUCUUACCCGCCUCCGCCCCGCCUCUCGCUCUGUCGGCCGCGCGUCAGUUUGGGAUUCAGCGUAGCUGUCUGUGUGCAAAUAGCAUUCGUAAGCUUUUGGUGACUACAGAGAGUCAGCUUACUUCUUACGAAGUGUGAAUCCAAGGACGAAACCAGGGGAUGUCUCAGCCGUGCCAGCCAGAGCAGGGCCUUCUGGAGGGACAGCUGCCGCUGCUGGGGACAGCCGUGGUCCUGUGGAGUCCUAGACAGGGAGCAGAGGCUCUCCCCGUGGGGAAGGGAAGGGGCCCCUGGAGUGACCCUCGCUGUGGACAGUCGUGACCCCAUCCCGGGGCGAGGUCAGGAGGUGGGCGGGACAGAUGUGCGUGCCAUUACCACAAGCGCAGGGUGCCCAGACCUGGCUGUCCACGGAAUGGGCAAGCUCGAAGGGGGGGCGCUGAGAGACAGCAGCCCUGUGCGGGCCUCGGGGAGGCUGGCCGCUCUGCCGCCAAGAUCUUUACCGCUUACAUCAGAAAGCACAAGUUCCCCAGUUCCUGCCCGGCCGGGAUGAAACCACCACUCGGACAGGAGGCAGCUCUGCCGGCACCCUGCCCCUGGGCAGGUUCGGCCAUGCUCUGACUCUCAGUUUCCUCAUCUGUAAAAUAAGACUCUGCUCAUUGCAUGUGGCCCCUCGGCUGGGGUGAGCCAGGGCGGGGCCUCUGUUCUGUGCAGCAGCUCCACGCUGGGGGUCAGACCUCCCCCGGCUGGGAAAACUGAGUCCAGGUGAACAGCUGCGGGGGCGAGUCCUUGGCCGGCCGGACAGGGCGGCGUGGGCGGCUCUGCAGGCGGAGGCGGUGCUGGUGCCUUUGCUGGCGGAGGUCUUGACCCUGUGAGCUCUUCUAAGGUCCUCGGCUGCUGUCGGAUUCUGCUGUUUUCCCCUCAAAGGUGGCCUGCGGUGGGUGACCAGGCCUUGUGCGUGGCUCCAGCUUUCCCUGCGGUCCGCUGUUGCUUGUGCUCGAUGGCAAAUAAUAACAGCAAGUGACCGAGCCGGCAUGGAUUUCCCGCGUGCAAAUGGCGUGGGCUUGCAGGGAAAACGUGCUGGAGGAGGAGGCUGGAGGUUUAAUCUCAAUUCUUUCAGACAUUUAAGUUUACUAAUAUUUGUAGUUUGAAUACCAUUUUGUAGGGUACAGGACACAGACUUUUGUGAAAUGUAAGCCAGUUACAGUUGUUCUGUUCUGCUGUCAUGUAUUGAUUUCAUGUUUAGGGAAACUUUCUGAAAUGCAAGUAGUGCUUUGUCCACGCGUCUAAAAUAACUCACAUAGGAGCGGCCGUGUGACCAUCCUUACAGGGUGUCGUCAAUAAAGCCUCCGUGUUGCCACAGAAA